AUGAAUCAAACGGUAACACAAAAUCCAGCUGAGGCGAUAAUUCAAUCCCCAGCAUCCAGAUCGAUUCACAGCGGGUAUAACAUGCCUAUCAAGUCAGCGUUAUCUACACCAUGGGUCUUUCUUAGUCCGACAACCUCACUGCAUGCGAAUACAGUUGAUUCUGCAAAGUACUUUCUGGAUUCCCUUGCACUCUCUGUCAGCAAUUCCCAGCUUGCUCGUCAGCGCAUUAAGCGUAAGCGGAAGCGAUCAGAUUAUGAGCAAGAAUCUCUGCAUCAUGUGUUACAGUUGAAGGAACUAUUUGUGCAAGGAUUUACUUCCGACCAAAUCUGGGAACAAGCCACAAGAAUAUUAGACUCUGCCAAACAGGAAAUUGAGCAUGAUUCUGCUCUUGUUGCUCAGCAUGUCGAACGAGUUUUUUUGGACGCGAGAGCGUCGCCUGUUCAAUCGCACGAGGUCGAGUCUGAUGAUACCUCUAACAUUAGUGAUAUGUCGAUUUCUUCAGAAUCGGCCACCGAUCGUUCAGACCACGACUCUGCUCCUGAUGAUGAUAUGGAAUUUGAACCAGAGUCACGAAGCAUGGCUGAGGACCCCUCAGACGAAGAUAGUGGGACUGAUGUGGAAGAGUCUGAGAACGAUAACAACAAUGGCCGCGAUACCUAUGUACAGGACCCGUUCGGGCUGAAUGACGGCUUUUUCUCCAUUGACGAAUUCAACAAGCAAUCCGAGCUUCUCGAGAUGCAAGAUGCGAAGGGCGGGAUAGAUGACGAUUUGGAGAGCGACGAAGAGGAGAUAGACUGGCAUGUCAAUCCGUUAGCUGCUGGUGGUUCUGUGCCUCACCAGGCCAUGCGACCAACAGCGCAGAGGUCAAAGAGUCCUUUCGAGGACGGAAGUGAGAGCGGUAGUGACGAGGAAGGGCCGACUUUCGAUAAUGUCGCGGUCGAAAAUGACUUCGAUUUGGACGAUGUCGAUGCGUAUGCAAUUGGUGCGGAUACCACUCAUUGGAUGAACACCAGUGAUAUCAAGUACUCGGAUUUCUUUGCGCCCCCCCCACGGAAGGCGACUUCGAUGAGAAUGCGCCCUCUUCCCAAAACACAACCUCAUGGGGCUCCUGUCGAAACUGAUAUCGAUCGCGCGAUGGCUGAUGUUCGGCGUGAUUUGCUUGAGGACGAUGGGUCGCUGGAUGGAAAUGAUUCUUCCGAUAAUGAACUAGCGGAUUCCAAACAUCAGCAUUCGGCUCAUGAGAAACAACGCGCACGGAUUGCCGACGAGAUCCGUCGCUUAGAGGCUGCUAAUGUUGCGAAGAAAGAUUGGAUGCUUGCUGGUGAAGCUCGAGGUGCCGAACGACCUAUGAAUUCCUUGAUCGAAGAAGAUUUGGAUUUCGAGAGGGUUGGAAAGCCGGUACCAGUCGUCACGACGGAACUUUCUGGGGACAUUGAGGAGCUGAUUAAGCGUCGAAUACUUGCGAAGGAGUUCGAUGAAGUAAUACGCCGUCGUCCUGGGAUUUCGGAAGGGCAGACUGCGAAGAGAGGAAAAUUUGAACUGGAAGACACUAAACCUCAACAGAGCCUGGCUGAGCUCUUUGAGACUGAUCAUCUCAGGGCUACUGAUCCGAACUAUGUGGACCCGAAGAAUCAAAAACUUCUACGAGAACAUACUGAUAUUUCAAACCUCUGGAAAGAGAUAAGCGACCGCCUGGAUACGCUUUCGAACUGGCAUUACAGACCCAAAGCUCCUCAAGCAAAUAUCAACGUGAUCACGGAUGUUGCUACCAUUAUGAUGGAGGAUGCGCAGCCUGCAGCUAGCAGCGCUGUAGGAGGAUCAGCAGCCCUUGCUCCCCAAGAAAUAUAUGCUCCGGGUGAUAACGGCAAGGUUGUUGGAGAAGUAACACUCAAGAAUGGAGAAUCUAUCGCGAAAGAUGAAAUGACACGCGAUGAGAAAACCAAGCUAAGGAGAAGGCACAAAAAGCAAAGAAAGGCUGACUCCGACCCCGCAAAACAACAAUCAGGGAGAGCCGUUGAAAAACAACAAAUCGUCUCAACCUUGAAGAAGGGUGGUGUCAAGGUGAUUGGUAGAGAGGGCCACCUCACUGAUGUUUAUGGUACCAGAGACCGGGAGGGCACCACGAAAACUGGUGCCGAUAUCCUCAAGCUGUGA